UGAUAUAUGUGUACUCAGUAUUCUCUUGCUCACUGACAAGAAGUCCACUUCCAUGAGGGAGUACUCUAGAGUAAAAAAUGGCAAAACUCAAACUGUUUUAGUGGAAUGUUAAAAAGCUAAUUUUGACCCAAGUCACCAAGGAAGGUGUUUUCUCAUAAUAAUCACAAUCUAUUAUUAGGUUUGGACGGAUCUGCUACUAAGGGUUUCUCCCUCUUUCUCAGCACAACACACCUCUUCAUACUAGAGGACAGAUACAGCUAUAGUUCCCACAAAAAAAUGUUUGAAAACCUCCUCCUGAUUCACCUUCUCUGUCAAUAUUCUUAGGUGAUAAUUGGGUCACAGAUACAGAUGUUAAUAUUUAUAUCAUGUGAGCUCAUGUGAUGUGUCUUGCAAUUUCUACAGAAGUGGCUGAACCUGCUGAAUCAGCACAAACUACAGAUACCCUCAAGCUUUGUCCUCAUGAAGAAUUUCUGAAACUACAGAAAGAAAUGGCUGGAGAGAUCUAUCCAAUAAAGGACAGAAUGGGCCGCACUUGCCUGGCUCUCAUCAUUUGCAACAGAGAGUUUGAUCACCUUCCAGUCAGGGAGGGAGCUGAGCUUGACAUCACAAGGAUGACGGAGCUGCUUGUGGGCCUUGACUACAAUGUGACUGUGGAAGAGAAGCUCACAGCCAAGGACAUGGAGUCAGUGCUGGAGGCAUUUGCUGCCUGCCCAGAGCACAGGUCCUCAGACAGCACAUUCCUAGUGUUUAUGUCUCAUGGCAUCUUGGAUGGAAUCUGUGGGACUCAGCAUAGUGAUGAGAAGCCAGAUGUGCUACCUUAUGACACCAUCUUCCGGAUAUUCAACAACCGAAAUUGCCUCAGUCUCAAGGACAAGCCUAAGGUCAUCAUUGUCCAGGCCUGCCGAGGUGCAAAUCGCGGGGAACUGUGGGUCAGUGACUCUCCAGCACCCGUGGCAGACAACUCUUCACAGUCACCUGAGAUCCUGGAGGACGAUGGUGUUUACAAAGCUCACGUGGAGAAGGACUUCAUUGCUUUCUGCUCCUCAACCCCGCAUAAUGUAUCCUGGAGAGACAGAACUAAGGGUUCUCUCUUCAUUACACAACUAAUCACAUGCUUCCAAAAAUACUCUUGGAAUUGUCACCCAGAGGAAGUAUUUCGAAAGGUACAACUAUCAUUUGAAACACCACAUGUUAGAGCCCAGAUGCCCACCACUGAACGAGUAUCCCUGUCAAGAUAUUUCUACCUAUUUCCUGGCAACUGAAAAGAAAAUGACUGGGAGUGCUGCCUCCUUUAUCAACUUUGAGAAGCACCUUUACCAGUUUGGC